CACUAUGGUCUAAUGGGACUAUGGCUCUAUUUUUUUUUUUUUUUUUGAUUGGAAAAUUAGGAUCAGAGGGGAGUGCUCUACCACAUGAGCUAUCUCCUCAUCCUUUGGGACUAUGGCUCUAUGGUCUAUGCACUUUGCUACGCCAGUACGCCAAGGAAUGCACGUAAGUACGUAACGUAACAUACAGAUUAAUGGGAGAAAAUCUACAACUCCAAUUGUCAGUUUCUUCAACAACUGCCCUUUUUUCGUUACUUGGCAAUCUAAAUCCCUAUACAAUACACAAUUUAUUAGCAAACAGGAGAAAUAAUUCCCAAAGUUAGAUAGAGAUGAACCCCAAUUUUAAUUCAAAGUUCACAAGUCAUAGGUUAAAUCCUGAAAACAAUAGCGAGAUGAAAAUAACAAUUGGUUCCUUCAUCUUUUUCAGUUACUCAGGAGCGUGAAGAAGCAUGCUCAUAUGGCUCCAAAUCGAUAGGGGCCCAAUCUUUAAUCAAGUGUAUGCAUGAAUAUCUCCACAGCUUCUUGUGAUUGAAUGCCUAACGACUUGGCGUUCAGUGCUUGAUGGUGGCAAUAGUAUAGAUUUCAGCAUGAGCAAGUGUUUGACAGCAAUCCACAUGCGUACUGAUAAGGUUGCUAAACUUUUUCGUGGCAAAACUAUCUGAUGUAUAGCAGUUGAUAGUAGACUGUAGUUAUCAGCAAGAGAAUUUGUUUAGUGGAAUUCCAGAUGCACAUUAAUCAAAGUUGGCAACCUCUUUAUGACAGUCACCUGACAUAUGACCUUUGACAUGAAAUUAUUCAAGAUAUAAGGGAUGAGAGAAUGUUGGGAGCAAGGAACCAUUAUAUCGAUCACAAAUCUAUAAUCAAAAGAGAAACUUUUCACUCUAUAUAUGGAUAUCACCCUUGGCUGCUUCCUUGUGUAUUUUGCUACGGCUAACUCUUCAAGAACAUGAUAACCCGAAAGCAAAGUAUUUGGUGUAAGCUCUCUUGGAAGGCUUUUUAAUUUAUUGGUGUCUUUCAUUUGAGCAGUUGUAUCUGAUAGCUGGUUGAAUCAAUCUUCCCAGGGCCACACUUGAGCUUUUCCGAAAUUUACAAAAGGGUUUUGGAUUAAAUCUUCUCAAUUGGUGUGAUAGUAAGAUUGGGGCGGUGGGCUUCUCUUCAUGAUCUAAUCCAAGAAAGGAGGCAACAAUCAUGGGUAACUCUCAAAGAUAUCCCAUGCGCCAAAGUUUUUGUCUUGUUGUGAUGUCUUCAACCUCUGGAGAACUAUCAAGAUUUUGCAAAUUGCUAUGCUUCUGGUUGAUAAACUCGAAUGUUGGUAUACUAGAGGUUAACAUUUCUGGAGAAAAAAUUCAGUAAGUCAUGUUCUUGUUCAGGUUCAACUUAUUAUCUUAGGACUCAUAAAUUUCCUCAUAUAUGGUUAAAAGAUCCUUGAAUUUAGUGGUGUUAUUCUGCAUCUAUUUUUGAUGGCUUGGUUAUCGUGGUCUGCUUUUGUAUGUCAAUUUGCCUGUUGAAUAUUUCUAUUCGUUAUUUCGAUUAUUGGCUUUUCAUAUUUUCUAUCUGUUAGUUAAUUUUGGCUUUUCAUAUCUUUCAGUCAUUAAUGUUGCCUUUAAUAGGUCAGGAAUCUUGAAUUUGUUUUGGCUCUGUGUUUUUUAUAGAACAGUUUUUGUAGGGCUCUGACUUCUGGACAUGGUGUUUUGCAUGAAGCACUGGCUUGCUUACCUAGGCCAUGAACGAUUUUAUCUUGUACUUUGUAGCUCAAUUAUUGUUGAUUUACUUAUGGCAUCAGCUCAAUCAACUUGAACAUGAUUAAAUAGAAAAAAGCGAAUGCCUUUUCCUCCUUUAUCCCUUCUGUUGUACAAAAUUGCAACAAUCUAGAUGCCAGGGACAGUUCUUUCUAGUUUGUAGUGGCUUGAAAAGAAAUCCAGAAUUUUCAUAUACACACUAUAUCAUGAUUUCGUUCGGAUACUGUGAAACCUGAUGUUGACUGGGGAUCAUGCUGGAUACUCUGUUGUCCAAUUUGAUUGUUUUCCUUAGGGUUCACUCCUUGAUCAACAAUAUCUACAGUUGAGAACUUGGUCAUUUAGGAUUCUUUGUACUGCUAGCUUUCUAUUUGAGCUAUUUCCUCCUUGCCAAUUGGUGUGCCAUCUUUUGAAUUUGUGCCUUGCAGUCUGUGUGCCAAAUACACAAAUCCCAAAGUGGCUAACUAUAUGAGAUGGAGAGAUUGCAAAUCUUUUCCUAGAGAUUUUAUGCUUUUAAGAAUAAAGGCGAGAAGAAAGGAAAAUAGGAGAUAUGUGAUAAGCCAGUCAACAAGAAAAUAGAUGUUUUUCUUCUCUAAAAUCCUGUAAUUAUUGUGGGAUUUUAUAAUUACCUGAAUGUCUUUCUUAUUUCUUUUCCAUGUUCUUUCAAUAUAGUGGCAUUACAUUUAAUAAAAGUAUUUUCUUCUUUAAUUUUUUAUUAUUUUUUAAAAAUAUUCUAAAAGGUGUAAGAAAUCUGAGCUUUAAUGGAAACUUUUUGAACUUAUUUGGAUAAAAAUCUUAUCCAUCAAUACUAGGAGAUUAAUUUAUUUUUUGGGCCACUACCUAAAUUGCCCAGCAAAAGUGUAAAUUAUAGAUCCAAUCACAAUAUAUGACCAGGGAUACAAGGAGAAACAUAUAAUCAGUUUGCCAUACAAAUGAAAAAUGGAAGGAGCUAGUGUUGCUUAAAACUUGUAGUUCCUGCCAUGCUGAAGGUACAUAUAGUUAUUUCUACGCUCUCAUACCAAUCUUCAUAGACUAUAUUUAUUAUCUUUUUAUUUGGUGUUUAGAUCUAUAAGGGCUUGCACCAUUUAGUGGAUAAAAAGGGGAGUGCAAUUUUGUUGCUUGCUAGAUGAUGAUUUCUGUGAAUAGUACCUUUGAUUCUUUCUACAUUUUUGGUGUGAUUGCAUUUUAUUUUUAAGAUCUGAAGGCAGUGGAGUAGGUUAUCUUGUUCUUUAUUUUUCUAUAUUAUUUGUGGAGAGAUUGGAAAGGGGUAGGAAAUGGGAUUUAGGAAAUGGGGUUUAGUGAAGAAAAUGAAUAACGUGCGUACUCUACAAGUCUGGUUUUUUCAGAAACAUUUAUUGUUGAGCGAGGUCUUGUCUUACUUUCAAAUUCACCGAAUGUAACGUAGGGAAAAAGUAAAGCUCUGAUUAAAUAAAAAUGUCGUCUAGCAAAAGGUCAACUUUUUUCUUUUCUGCAUGAAAACGGAUGACUAAUCCUGCCAAAUGGAUCUGUAAAAUUAUAAGUUACAGAUAUGUUUUAAGCUUCGAGAUAUCUGAUUUUUCCGGUUUUACGUAAGUACUUAUUACCUCUCUCCCUUAUCAAAUACUAUCAAUUGUCUAUAAAUUUCACUUGAAUGGUAAAACUUCCUCAGAAGUAAUUGAUGCUUUAAUAUAUCUCCUUUUUUUCUUUUUGUUGCCAUAGAAGUGAGAGAAGCAGAUCUGAUGGAUUUUGGCUCUGAAGAAGGUGAAGAUAGGAUCAGUGGUUUGCCUGACCACAUCAUUUGUCAUAUCCUAUCAUUUCUCCCAACUAAGUAUGCUGUAGCAACCAGUAUUCUGUCAGCUAGAUGGAAAUACCUCUGGACUUCUGUUGCCAUUCUCGACUUUGAUGCUAGGCUUCAUCGAGAGUUAUAUCCUCUCCUUAACAUAAAUGCAAAUCAGGGAUCAGAGAUCACCUUCCAGAAUUUUGUGAAUAGAGUAAUGCUUCUUAAUGACAUCCCACAUAUCCAAAAGUUCCGUCUAAUUUAUGAGUGUCAUAAUAGUCCUGCUCCUAUUUGUACAUGGUUGCAUGUAGCCAUUUCCCGUGAUAUUUUGGAGCUUGAACUUGAUUUCUUUUUGUCUGUUCAAAAGGAAUUUAUCAGGUUCCCUAGAAAGUUUUUCAUGUCCAACACACUUGUUGUCUUAAAACUAUCUCGCAUGCCAUUCACUGUCCCUUCUUUUGUUUGCUUCCCUAUGCUUAAGAUUCUUGAAAUUAGGAGGGUGAUGUAUCUAGAUGACAAGUGUACUCAAAACUUGCUUUUGGGUUGUCAAGUUCUUGAAGAAUUGGUUAUAGAAGAAACCACAAGAGAGAAGCCGAGAGUGAUAGAUAUUUCUAUACAUACAUUAAAAUAUUUCUCUUUUAGUUAUAAAUUUGUGACCGACAUAUCGGUAGAUUGCCCCUACAAAUUUUUCAUAAAUGCACCAAAUCUUGAGUACUUCCAUGUGAAAGGUCGUAUAUCAGAUGAGUUUGUGGUAAAGAAUUUGGAAACUUUGAUUAAUGCGCAUCUGGAUCUCCGCCAUACUGCUGUACCUGCUGAUAAUUACAGUCUUUGCCAUCAACGUGUCUGUAAUCUCUUCAAAGGUCUAGCCAACACCAAGCUUCUUAUGCUCUCUAAUGAUCUUGUUCAGUUGCUAUGUGCGGUCCAUGAUUUAAAUCUUCCUAGGUUUUUCAAUCUGACAACGCUUUCAUUGGGUAUUGGUGUUGAUUUUUGCUGGAAGAAGCUAGUGAUCGAGUUCAUCAAAUGCUCCCCUGAUUUAGAAGUUCUUAUCCUGAAUAACAAGCAGCAAGGAAUAAUCAGGGACAUAGAUGAAUUGCGCAAGACUCCUCCUAGGUCUAUGCCUGAAUAUCUGCUAUCUCACCUCAAGAACAUUUUUAUACAAGAGAUUUAUUCUAACUUCCUGCCUGAAGAUGUAGAACGUCUGCUGCAUGAUGUGAAUAUUCUGAAGAGGCUGAAUAUGAAAUGUCAGUGUCCAUUCAGGCUCAGAAGCCAAAUUGGUCAUACAUUUGAGCCAUAUAAGAUCCGAUACACAAUGACGGAGAUUGAAGACGUAGACAGGAUUAGUAGCUUACCGGAUGUGAUUCUCACUCAUAUCCUAUCUUUCCUGCAGACCAAAGAAGCUGUUGCAACAAGUUUAAUGAUGCACCUUUCUUACGACUCUUUCGACUUCAGUGCAAGGACAUCAGAGGAGGAGAAAGUAAGACCACUAAAGGGGAAUCUUGUGAGUGAGAAUCUUAAGGUGCUAAAGUUAGAAGGCGAUUCAAUAGCUCCCUGGUUUUCCUUAUCAAAUCUCUUCCUACCAAAGCUCCUGAUUUUCCACCUUGAAAAUUUUGAAUUCAUUGAUGAAGAUGUUUGUUUAGAUGACAUCUUCUGGUCGGGUUUACCAUGUCUUGAAGAAUUUGUUAUUAGUUAUUGUCAGAAUUUGGUAAUUUUUUGUUUCCGUUCUUCUUCAUUAAGGAGAUUGGAGAUGCGAGGUAUUCUGACUAGAUUGCAGAGCCCAAUUGUAAUAAUUGAUGCUCCAAGUCUUGAAUAUCUGUCUACUUAUGAUCAUGUUUCAUACACUAAGUUGAAGAUUAACGCCCCGUCAUUAGUUGAAGCUCAGUUACAGUUCUGGGGUUAUAGAUCUGGUAUUGAACUGGUGGAAAUAUUGAAGCAAAUUCCCAGCUUGAAAACUUUACAUAUAUUCACUACAGCAGAAUUGUUGUAUCAUUUUGCUGCGGACCUACGAGCUGUGAUACAACUUCCCGUUUUUCCUAAAUUAACAUGUUUAGAUGUCAGUUCUGCCUGGUUGUAUCAUAAGCAUCCUUCACAUUUAAUGAUGCUCGUUCUGCUAUGUGAACAUGCACCCAACCUUGUGUCACUUAUAUAUGGGGAUAAGCAUCCGUCGUCAGAUUUCAAAUGGGAGGAGCUGUCUGAUCUGCCUCCAACUUUGGUGCCCAAGUGUUUGUCAUCAACGCUUAAAGUCAUUGACAUUUACAGCUAUCGAAUGAUUGAUGAUGCUGUGACAAAGUAUUUGUUACAAUACGCAACGGUAUUAGAAAUCAUCAGGAUCCAUUUGAAGGAGUACUCAAUGAAGGAGAUCGAUGCAAUUUCAAAGUUAAUGAAGAUUCCUAUUGCCUCAUCUGUAUGUAAAAUUGUAAUUUGUAGAGAUCUUUGAAACCUCUAGAGUCUAGACUAUGUUAUGUUGAGUUAGUCAGUCUCCCCUGCAGGCUGCACAUCUGUUGUUUUAAUGGUAUGAGUUAUGACUUGAAAAGCCAACAUUCGAUGUAGUUUAAAUGCUGAAUUUGAUCAUGUUUUGCAAUGUUGAUCAACAGUGCAAUACCACACCUUGUCCAUGCCUCCGGAUUGAUCUUUUAAUUUUGGGAAAUUUUCCAUGCAUGGUAGCCCCUUA